UCAGUAUUACGUGAGGCAUGGGGUUUAAUGUUCAUCAUUCGUUAUACAAUUCAAAGUUGGAAGUCAUCGAUGCAAACUACAAUUUGUGUUUGAAGCUGAAUUUAGAGAUGAGAAAGGUGAAGAACAUGGAAAACAGGAGCUUCUCUGAGGUUGUCUCUGAAAUUAUAGCGUCUAUUGAUGAGUUAGUUUCAUUAUCCAGGAAUUCUGAAACGGAGAAAGAGAUGUUCAUUGAAUUAGCUCUUGUUUUGGAAAGGAUUCCACCAGUUUUCUGUGAUUUGAGGGAUGAUUACAAGGUUAUGGAUACCCCAUUAAUCAGAAAAGCGGUUGAAUCACUUGAGAAGGAGAUAGUGCGCGCUAAGUGUUUGAUAAAAGUCCGCAAUGAAAAAAGGAGACAUGUUGAAGCUAUUGCUCAUGAUCUUGGGCGGUCCUUGGGCCUUGUCUUGUUUGCUACUGUUGAGGUUUCAACACAGUUCAAAAUGAAGAUUGGAGAACUGCAUAAGGAACUGAUGAAUAUGAAAUUUAAUGAGAGUUGCAGUCCAACUUCGACUUUAACUUCGACUUGGACUUCGACUUCGAGUCGAACCACGGAGUUUGUAUGUGAUUUGAGAGUGGAGGAGAUUGAAGAAGAACGGAUUAGCAUUAAUGUUUGUGAUAUUGCACUGCAUCUCAAAUAUGGAAAUGAUGAUGAAUUCAAGCUUGCGGUUGUGGGAUUGAAAGAGUUGAUGCAAAGUAAAAAUGUUGAUGAUGGAUGGCUCAACGAAGAGGGAAUCGUUUUGAUUUUGCUGAAGCGUUUAGGUUCAAACAAAUCCGUGGAUCAGUCGAUAAUCAUUCAAGUACUUAGGUAUCUUGUUUGGAACAGUCCUGCAAGCAAGGAAAUGAUGGCAGACAUGGGACCUUUGUCAACAUUGGUCAAGUCUUUGGCUGGGGAGGAGGAGGAGAGGAGGGAAGCUGUGGGGCUGUUGUUGGAUCUCUGUGAUCUUGUUAAUGUACGACGACGACUCGGCCGAGUUCAGGGUUGUAUUGUUAUGUUGGUUGCCAUUCUAAAAGGGGAUGAUCCGAUUGCUUCAUAUGAUGCAAGAAAAUUGCUGGAUGUAUUGUCAGGGAACACCCAGAAUGUGCUUUAUAUGGCAGAAGCUGACUAUUUUAAGCCAAUGGUGCAACUUUUGAAAGAAGGUUCUGACAUGAAUAAGAUCCUCAUGGCAACGGGGCUUUCAAGGAUGGUGCAGACUGAACAAAGUAGAGCCUCACUAGGAGAAGAAGGGGCAAUUGAACCCCUUGUCCAAAUGUUCCGUACUGAAAAGCUUGAAGCUAAACUAUCAGCUUUAAACGCAUUGCACAGCCUCUCAGGCUUGAAGGAAAAUGUGCAGCGAUUGAUUAAUUCUGGAAUUGUGAAUUCUUUGCUCCAACUCCUGUUCUCUGUAACCUCUGUUCUUAUGACUCUUCGAGAACCUGCAGCCGCGAUUCUUGCAAGGAUUGCGGAAUCAGAAUUGAUCCUGGUCAACCAUGAUAUGGCUCUACAAAUGCUCUCACUUCUGAACUUAUCAAGUCCAGUGAUUCAGAAUUACCUUUUACAAGCUCUCAAUAGCAUCGCUGCUCAUCCUAGUGGACUAGAAGUUAGGAAAAAGAUGGUGGAGAGUGGAGCAAUCCAGCUUCUCUGCCCCUUUUUGAUGGAAAACAAUACUAAGAUCAAGAAUGGUGCCUUGAAAUUGCUUUAUUCUCUUUCCAAAGAUGCUCCAGAAGAGCUAGAAGAGAGCCACAUCAGUGUAAUUCUGAGUAUAAUUCCAUCGACGAAUUGCGAAUCCGAAAGGGUCUUUGCUGUUGGUAUACUAAGCAAUGUUCCUGUAACUCAAAAGAAAAUAACAGAUAUGCUGAGAAAAGCAAAUCUUGUGCCUAUCUUGAUAUCCAUCAUGAACACCAGCUUGGCUAAUUCAGAUAUUUCUACAUCUUUCUUGUCAGAAAGUGUAGCAGCCUUAUUAGUACGGUUUACAAAUCCAUUUGAUAGGAAAUUACAGCUUCAUUCAGCAGAGCAAGGGGUUAUUCCUUUACUAGUGAAGUUGUUAUCAAGCGCGUCGACCAUUGCUCAGAAAAACGCAGCAACUUCACUAGCUCAGUUGUCACAGAACUCGCUCUCUCUCAGCAAGGCCAAGAGUUCAAGGUGGUUAUGUGUUCCUCCUUCAAAAGAUUCACUUUGUGAAGUUCAUGGAAGGCAAUGCUUCACAAAAAGCACAUUUUGUUUGGUCAAAGCCAAUGCAAUCCCUCCUAUGAUCCAAAUUUUGGAAGGCGAAGAAAGAGAUGUCGACGAGGCUGUCCUCGGGGCCCUUACAACCCUUUUGGAAGAUGAAAUUUGUGACAAUGGAAGCAAAUACAUAGUUAAGAUGUCUGGAGUUCAAGGCAUCUUAAAAGCUUUAGGUUCAUGCCAUAUUGGUGCUCAACAGAAGGCAUUAUGGAUACUGGAGAGAAUAUUCAGAAUUGAGGAGCACAGAAUCAAAUAUGGAGAAACUACUUGGUCAGUGCUUGUUGAUCUAGCCCACAAAGGUGAUUCAAGUUUGAAACCAGCCAUUGCAAAGCUAUUAGUACGGCUGGAACUAUUUCAAUUUCAAGACUGAAAGGUACCUAUGAGCCGAAUUAUUACAGUAGAAUAUAUACCAUGAUUUUUGUCCAUAAACAAGUUUACUCAUUGUAAAAUAUUUGUUUCAUGUUCAUUUAUAGUUAGAAUGCAAUAGGUUUUACUCCAUAGGAACAAAAAUGUGGAUUCCUACCCACAAUGUAUACCUUUUUUAUUGUUGAAGUUAUAAACGAGUUAAAAAGAGCCCUUUAUGGAA